AUGUUCUCCCAAUGCUUAUCCACACCGACCAAAAAGUCACGUUUCCGCGUUUCAACUGCAUCGCAGUUCUCGUACUCCCAGACAUCGCACGGUUCCCACUGGCGGCGAGAAGACGCAUGUGUUUCUUUUUGGUUGAAGAAGGAAAAGAGGCUGCCUGAGAUCUGCUUCUACGCCGUUCUUCUCUCCGUUGAACUCUGGAACCCUAACCCUAACUCUAAAACUAAUCUCGGCAUCUCGAUGGCUUCCGGUGGGUCCUCGGUGCACUCAGCGGCGGGUUCGAGAUCGUUUGAUUUUGGAUCCGAUGACGUGCUGUGUUUUUUCGAUGACUGCACGUUGAAAUUGGAUCCAAUGGCCAAUGGAAAGCGUUUUGAUUCGUCGAGUAAGGAUCUCCACGAGAACAGAGUGAGGAGCCCUUCAGCUAAUAUAUAUGGAUCAGAGGAGUUUUCUAGAGAAGAUGUAAUAUACAUCAUUGAAAAGUUCAUGAAAAAAUAUUCAGACAAGCUUACGAUUCAUCUUGAGGGAAUCAGCGGGAGGCUAACACAGUUGGAGUUGUUUUGCUACAAGCUUGAAAGAUCAAUCGGUGAAUUUCGUACUGAUGUAAUCCGUGAUCACAGUGAAGCCAACUUGUAUCUCAAGUCUCUUGAUAAGCAUGUUCAUGAAGUCCACAGGUCGGUACAGAUCAUCAGGGACAAACAAGAGCUUUUUGAGACCCAAACGGAGCUGACUAAACUGCAGCUCUCACAGAAAGACUCAAUCAACGUGAGCUACUCUCAGAAAAAUUAUAAGGAUAUUAAUACAGCUCCUUCAGAAAUUAAAGCCAACUAUGAAAGCAAUGAUGAACCAAACCAGCAGUUGGCUCUUACUCUUCCAUGCCAAAUAUCCUCACCUCCACCGUCAAUUUGCAUCGCACCUCCUUAUAAAAACCAUCCUGAACAAGAUUUGCCACUGCAGCAAUCUCAACCUGUCUCUUUUAGUGUACUUCCACGGGAUUACUAUGUUAUGAAUCAAGCUAAUGCAUAUUAUCAUACCCACCACCAACCAUUUUUAAUGGAGCAGCAGAGCCAAAACCCGCAACCUGAGCUACAUUACGCACAACACAGGGUUAAAAUGCAAGAUAUUUCAGUUCAACCACCACCAAAGCAGGAACACAAUGUGGCAGCAAACCAACCUAUCCAGCAACCGCCAUUGCCUCAGUACCAGCAGCAUUGGUCUCAGCCAAUGCAACCACAACAACCUUCCGCAAGAGUUCAAUCUCCAAGGUUCCAAACUCCAACUGCCUAUGCAUCAUAUGCUCUUAAUCCACACGCUAACAAAAUUCCUGAGGCACACCAAGGCAGCAGUAUUUUGCAGUCAACUCCAUACGCCACCUCACAAUCUGUUAGUCACGAAGGUUCAACCAACACUAAUUCUCAUCUUCCACCUCAACUUAAUAUGCAGCAGCAACAGGUCCCUCAGGCCAGCCAAGUUUCCUUUGUGCCGCCGCGACUAGCUGAUUGCGGUUAUUUGGGAACAAGCACUUAUCCUCCUCUGGGUUAUAAAGCUGUUUAUGCCAAUGAUGGGAACAGAGCUCCUCAUCUUCAGAGUUGUCAUCUUGGAAGCUAUCCACCAAUUGGUAAUGCAGCCGCUUCCCUGAUCGCGGUUCAUCACCCCUAUGCAGACAUGAUUGAGAAAGCAGUUGGCAUGGGCUAUCCAAGGGACCAGAUAGUUGGCGUUGUCUUGGGAACUGCCGAAAGCGGUUAAUCGCUUGCCUUCAUGAUCUUGCUAGAACAAGGCAUUUCAGAGAGGUGACUCAUACGCUCUUGUUCAAUUUAUUUGCUUCUAAUAACUGCUGCUAAUAAUUUAUGUGCUUGGUUACUAUGUAAAUAUUAAGAAUGCCCCAAAUUGCUGGAGUUUUAGUACGGCAUGUCUGUUAUCUGCCUAACCCGGGGUCUGUACGAGGUCUUAUAGAAGAUUCCCCCGCAAUUUUAUAGUGGGCGGAAAGCUUCAGCGUUCUGUAGUCGGGAAGUUGGAACUGUGAUGGUUUUAUGAAUCCA